AUGGCCUUCAUCCCGUACUCCACUUUUGCUGCGCGCCCGCUCCUUGCCCGCCGUGCGUCAUCUGUGCGCUUCACAUCGACACAGCCGCCGCAACACCCAAUGCCUGUCGUCGCCGUGUCCAAGCGCUCCGUCAAGCCGCCGCAGCAAACGCCUCCGCCGCUCUCCGCCAUGGACUCCGUCUCCCUCAUGGUUGAAAACGUCCUCGUCUUAUACGGAAACCGCCCCGCUCGCGACGCCACACCCGUCGCACAGGGCGAUCUUGACGCUGUCAUGGGCGACAAGCCCUUCUUCCUGGCCUUGCAUAACGCCUUUCUGGAUACCGGGCCCAUCUAUAAGCUUGCCUUCGGACCAAAGGUCUUCAUCGUCAUCCAGGAUCCGGUUAUUGCGAGAAGCGUGCUCCGCGAGAAUAGCAUCUUAUACGACAAGGGCAUUCUGGCUGAGAUUCUUGAGGACGUCAUGGGGAAGGGACUCAUUCCUGCGGAUUACAACACUUGGAAGAUUCGUCGCAGGGCCAUUUUACCAGGCUUUCAUUCCAAGUGGCUCCAAUACAUGACCAUUAUGUUUGCGAGCAGCGCGAAUAAUCUCUGUACAAAGCUAAAUAACUUGGGCGGAAACGAACCCGUCGACAUGGAGACAGAGUAUUCAAGUCUCACCCUAGAUAUCAUCGGCAAGGCCGUCUUCAACUUUGAUUUUGACAGUAUUAACAGUGAAAGCCCCAUCAUCAAGGCUGUUUACCGCUGUCUCAAAGAGACCGAGCAUAGGUCAAUGAUGGCAGUCCCUUACUGGAAGAUUCCAGGGGCUCGCAAAGUUGUGCCGAGACUGCGCAGGUUUUACGGCGACAUGGAUCUCAUCAAUGAUACUCUCAAUGUCCUCAUCGAGUCUGCAAAAAGAAAAGCAACUGCGGCUGACCUCUCCGAGCUCGAAAGUCGUGACUAUGAAAAUGUCGCUGACCCUUCCUUGUUACGAUUUCUUGUUGAGUUGCGGGGCGAGGAGACCACUAACAAACAGCUGCGUGAUGACCUCAUGACUUUAUUAAUCGCCGGGCACGAGACGACGGCUGCAGUGCUGACCUGGGCGACUGCUGAAUUGGCAAAGCACCCCGAAAUUAUGAGAAAAGCAAGGGAGGAAAUCGAAACUGUUCUUGGUGACCGACUCCCAACUUACAAAGACGUCGCGAAACUCCCUUACAUUCGGAGGAUUAUCGCCGAGACGCUUCGAUUGUAUCCUGCGCCUCCAGUGCUUAUUCGACGUCUCCUCGAAGAUACCACUCUUCCGAAGGGUGGUUCACCGGAAGUAACCAACUUGCCGCGCGGUUCAGAUAUAUUCAUAAAUGUUUAUUCAUUACAUCGAUCCCCUGCCCUUUGGGAUGACCCGGAAAUCUAUGAUCCGGACCGAUGGCUCAAGCCUAAAUCAAACCCAGGCGUAGAAGGCUGGGCUGGUUACAAGCCAGCUUCGGGGCUCGAAGAGGGAACUCCGCUUUACCCGAAUGAGGUCAACGCCGAUUUCGCAUUCUUGCCGUUUGGCGGCGGAAGCCGGAAGUGUGUCGGUGAUCAUUUUGCAGUGCUCGAGUCAGUCGUUGCCCUGGCGAUGGUCAUACGGCAAUUUGAUUUUGUCAUGGUUGACCCCUCGAAAGAUGUGGAAAUGACAACAGGAGCCACUAUUCACACGAAGAAUGGGCUCAAUAUGUUCAUGGUGCCACGACAUUCGGCAUCAUUAACAGAUGGUAGUAUUGGUGAGCCCGUAGAAAUAGGAGUUCCGUCUUUCUCCAACCCGUAAGCGUUUAUGGGAGGAUGUGGAAUACUCAGCAACUAACUGGAUCCAUUAGUUAGGCUGUAGUGUGAUAUAUCUGUAGGCCAUUUUCUUAAAUUCAUACAGUAAGGAAGUUGAG